AUGCAGGAUGAGUUUGAAAUGUCCAUGAUGGGAGAGCUUACUUACUUUCUUGGUCUUCAAGUCAAGCAAGCUAAAAGUGGCAUUUUCAUUCACCAAUCCAAGUACUGUACUGAUCUGUUGAAGAAAUUCAAAAUGCUGGAUUGCAAUGAAGCUCCAACUCCCAUGGCUACAAACUGCUACCUAGAUCUUGAUGAAGCCGGUAAGAAUGUUGAUCAAAAGAUGUACAAAGGUAUGAUCGAAUCUUUGUUAUAUCUAACUGCCAGUAGACCUGACAUCAUGCAUAAUGUAUGUCUUUAUGCUAAAUUUCAGUCUUCACUUAAAGAAUCACAUCUAACUGCUGUAAAAAGAAUUUUGGAAUAUCUUAAAGGAACACAAAGUCUUGGACUGUGGUAUCCAAAUGGUACAAAUAUUUUUCUUGAAGGUUAUAGUGAUUCUGACUUUGGAGGCUGUAAGCUAGAUAGAAAGAGCACUAGUGGCACUUGUCAUCUAUUUGGAUCUUCUUUAGUCUCUUGGCAUUCAAAGAAACAAGCUUGUGUGACAUUAUCCACCACAGAAGCUGAAUACAUAGCAGCUGGUAGCUGUUGUACUCAGUCUCUUUGGAUCAAGAGCCAACUAGAAGAUUACGAUAUAUCACUAGAUCACAUUCCCUUAAAAUAUGAUAACACAAGUGCAAUAAAUUUGACUAAAAAUCAUGUUCUUCAUUAG